ACAAGAACCCUCCCCCUCUGUGCUGGAGACUGGCUGAACAGCAACACAGACUCACAGAGCAAGUAAGACCGAGAGCAGAGGAAAGAGAGAGAGAGAGGGUGUGUGUGUGAGAGAGACAGAGAACGAGAGAGAGAGAGAGAGGGAGGAAAAAAGGGGGUGGCAACCAAGUUACAAAACGGUGGAGUGUAAUGGGGACCUUCUGGAGUUAGCCUCCCAUGUUGGAAGUGAAGAAGAGAAAGAACAGAGGAAACAUCAGGAGAACUCUCAAGGAGAGAAGACUGGGGAGAGGAGACAUCAGGAGGACAGAGGACAGGAGAAGACUGGAGAGGAGAGAAGGAGAGGAGACACGUGGAGAAGAGAGAGAAGAGAACAGACGCCUGAAAAGUAGCAGGAGAGGAGAGAAGAGGAGAAGAGAGGAGAAGCCUGAAAAUGUGGAGAGAGGACAGGAGAGGAAAGUAGAAAAGAAGAGAGCGAAGAGGAGACACGUGAAGAGGACAACGAGGAGAGGUGGAGAAAAAAAAGAAAAGAAAAGAAAAGAAAAGAGGAGUGGAGAGAAGAGAAGACUGAAAAGGGGAGAGGAGAGGAGCAGGUCUACCAGACUCGGGGAGAGCGAGAGAGAGGAUCCAUUCAGGAAUCUUGCAGCUGAGGGUGGGUGAGCUCGGAGACCCAGCCAGCUCAGCUCCACGCCCUCGCCUGGACUCCACACACACACACACACACACACACACACACACACACACGCUUAUCACACCCACCAACGACCAGCCAGCCCACAGUCCACCUCUAAGAGAUUGCUGGAGGCACAGAGAGAGUGAAGAGAUUACAUGAGGUGAGGCUCACAGCACAGAGAAGGAAAACAAAGUGGAAGAAGAACUGGAUUGAAGAAAACAACAAAAAGGAAAGAGGAGGAAAAGAGAGAAAGGAGGAGGGGAGAGGCAGCACAAGUAGAGGCGCUGAAGCGAAAGGACACAGUGCACAAGUAGCAGGGAGGGAGGAGACAGACAGACACACACACGAGACACAGAGAGAAAGAGAGCACAGGAGGAGGAGAGUCAGAUAAGGAAGGAAGGAUAUAAGAAAAGGAGAGAGAGAGAGAGAAAGACAAAAAGAAAGACAGAGGUGAAAGACAGAGGUGACAGACAGAGGGGAAAAUGGAAAGUGCCCUGGUGGCAUGGGCGCACCGGAACACGGCGCUGGCGGUGGCGGGCUUCGCCGUGGCCUUCCGCUGCACUCACCACCUGCUGAGGAACCUGCCGCUGCCCAAGGUGGUGAGGAUCGACGCCUUCCGCACCUGGAAGUGGAGGAACCUGUCCGUGUCCAUGGUGCACUCCCUGCUCACCGGCAUCUGGGCCGUCACCAGCUUGAUCCUGGAGCCUGACAUGGUGCACAAAAUCUACGACUUCUACACGCCCUUGUCCUACCUGCUCGUCUGUGUGUCCUCAGGCUACUUCGUACAGGAUGCAUGUGACAUCAUCUUCACAGGCCAUGCCAGAGGCUCAUGGGAGUUCUUGCUUCACCACUUCCUGGUGCUAUGCUCCUUCCUAUACACCCUGUUCUCCUGGCAUUACGUGGCGGGGGCUGUCGUCGCCCUGCUGGUGGAGGUCAACAGCGUCACCUUGCACAUGCGUCUGAUGCUGAAGCUGGCCGAAGCGCAGCACACUCCCCUCUACAAGGCCAACAGGCUGCUCAACGUCUUCACCUACGUCUUCUUCCGCCUCAGCGCCCAGUUCUACCUCACCUGGUACAUCCACUACAACUACCAUGUGCUGGACCAGGCCGCCUACUUCAUGGUGACGAUGGUCCUCAUGAACAUCAUGAUCCUGAUCUACUUCUACAGGCUGAUACGGGCCGACUUCUUCCCACGCAAGAAGAGGCACGCUGAGCAGAAUGGCAGUGCUCACGGAGGCGACAGCAGCAACACCAGGUUCCUCAAUGACUGAGGACUGAGGAAAAUGUUUUAAGAAGCCCAAAUAACAAGAGACAAUGUGUGUUUGCGUGUUGUGUGUGUGUGUUUGUGUGUGUGUGUGUGUGUGUGUGUGUGUGUGUGUGUGUGUGUGUGUGUGUGUGUGUGUGUGUGUGUGUGUGUGUGCGUGUGCGUGUGCAUGUGGUGAUGAGGAAAUGUGGAAGGGGGUGUUUUUUGUUAGAGAGAGUGUGUGUGUGUGUGUGUGUGUGUGUGUGUGUGUGUGUGUGUGUGUGUGUGUGUGUGUGUGUGUGUGUGUGUGUGUGUGUGUGUGUGUGUGUGUGUGUUUCUAUGUGUGCAUUUGGUUUCCCCGGAGGUCCCAAACAAUGUGUUGCCAUGACUCCCCGACACGCUCUGAGCCUUCUCCCCACUGACGUCAAGAAAAGCCCUCUGGACCUGACUCAGCCAAUCACGUGCAGUAUUUGUGACUGAUGAACACUGAACAGUUAACUUCUGCUAUGUUUACAUAAAUGAUUGACUACAAACUGAACAAUUGAAAUAUCCCUGGACAUACUGUACUGGUUUCUCUCUGAUAUGAAAUAGCGAAGAGGACGGCUACCAGGUCACAUGAUAUCAUCUAAUACAGGCCGAGAAGCUGUUUUUGUAUGUUUUUAAUCGGCGCAGACUUCAGGUAGUUUUUCCACAACACAUGACGCCCGACACAGGCUGAGACACUGUUGAUCGGCCCAAACUCACCAUUAAAUCAUGCAGAAGACUGGUAGGUCUAUGUCUUAAAGACUGUGAUUUGCCCACAUCUCUACAUGUUUUUGUACAUUUUUACCUCCACCAAGGAGGUUCUGUAAUCGUCCCGUUUAUGUGUUCUCUCAUAUAUUUGUGCGUUCAUUCGCGGUGCGUAUGUGUUUCUGUCCACCCAAGGGCGUAGGUGUAUGUGCUCUCUGAGCACAUUUCUAGUUAAUCUUUGCUUUUGGGCUUGACCAGGCCUUGUGUGUUUGUCUGUAAUUUUUAAUUUGAGACACUCAGAUGUGUUAGACAUUCAGCUGUGUUGUUACUUAUGGUCGCUUGUUUUUUUAAUGUAAUGAAUAAAGUCAUGGCUUGACACUUUUUAAAAAAUGAA